AACAAAACAAGAAGCAUGGCCUUCUAUCCUUCAAAGCUCAUCCUUUCCCUCCUCUUUGUUAUUGCUACAGCAGCAUCCAUAGCCCACGGCAUCCCCAUAGUGGACGUGUCAGUAGCAGGUCAGGUGGUUUGCACUGUCCCGGGAACUAACUGUACUACCUGCCCAGGGAUUGCUGGGGUUAACGUGACUUUGUCGUGCAACGGAGGUCGAACAACCCUUGCACAUGCCAUCACAAACACUGGAGGGUCAGUGAAUUUCACCCUAUCAUCUGCAGAUGCUGGUGCUCUCUUUGGUCAAUCGCAAUGCUUUGUCUAUGUGAAACUCCCCAUCGCCACUUGCUAUGUUUUCCCUCCCACCGGAGUCCUACGUUCUCCCGUUACCUUUGUGCGCCUUGUACACGGAGCCGCUGGUCCAAUUGCCAUCUUCAUUUUCCGAAUAUUUCAUCUUGUUGGUCGAUUUUCAUAACACUACUGCUAUAUAUAUCCAUGCAAAUGCUUCGCUUUGCUUUAUGCUUUGCUUUGUGCAUGGAUGAAUACUUCUACUUUUAGUUAAGUUAACUAGAAGCCAUGUAUACAUACAAC